AAAUAUCGCCAGGACCACUUGCAACCACUGCCACGACGCGACGAACCACAAAAUGAGGAACCGGAGGCCUCCGCGUUGCAGCCCCCACGCUCGGAGAGUCCUGUUGAAGAAAGCACGAACUUUGACCGUAUCGCUACUGCAACGAUCUCCGGGUUUCCCGAGUGGGACAUCAAUCUACUAUGCUCAAUACCGACGCCCUCGCCCAACUCUCUGUCCGAAGAGUCACCACCUUUCCCGCACUACAUCAAGCCGCUGCCUGGUAGUACUAGCCUUGAAACACUAGCUAUACUGUCGUCGGAGGGGGUGUUUGAAUUUCCUCCUAUUGACUUAGUGCGAGAAUACUUCAAAAGCUAUGUGCGAUGGAUGUAUCCCAUGUGCCCGGUGGUCGAUCUGAAUUUUUGUCUCGAAGCUUUGACCAACCCCAAGAGCGGAAAGCAGAUAAGUGUGCUUCUCUUCUACGCGAUCAUGCUAGCAGGGGCCGCAUUCGUAGAUGAAGCUCAUUAUCGGGCUUUGGAAUUCGAGUCUCGUAUUGCGGCUCGUCGUACGUUCUUUGCGCGUGCACAGACCCUUUUUCACGCAAAAGCUGAGGAUGAUAGAUACGCUAUCAUUGAAGCUACAGUUAUACUGGGUCAUUGGUAUGAGUAUGAUGAUUCCCCAGAGGAUACCUGGUUCUGGUCCUUUGUUUCCUUCGCCUUGGCCCAGUCAUUAAAACCCGAGAUUUUCGGUGACCAAAGCUCGGACAGGCACAGUCCACAGGAAGCGAAGACACUUCGGCAUCGGAAGCAGAUAUUCUGGUGCGCCUUUUGCAAGCUUGUCCAAUCGUCUAUUGGGAUGCGGCGGACCCCCCACCCCUUGCUGAAAGCGACUAAUCUGCCACCACUCUUACUCGACGACCUGACUAUUGACCUUGUACGACAGGAGACCCUUGAUGCCCUCGGUGGGUGUGAUUUUAUGAGUAAUGACCACUACGUACAGCUUAACAAUGCUCUCCAUACGCGCCAUACCCUCCUGUGCUUGCUUUUGAUUGAAAUACUGUUUUCAUUUUAUAACGCCGGGGACAGCCCGGACAGAAUAACAGGCCGAGCAAGUAGGCUCAAGCCUUCUAGUCCAGAUUUUCCAACUAUUCAGCAAUUUGAUGCAAAGUUGAAAGACUGGUUGGACAAGAUACCAGACUGGCUAGCUUCCGACCUCUCUGGAGUGACCAAUGACAGUGAUGAGCACAUAAGCGGGACUCUUGCCGUGCAUAUUGCCUACGUUCGGAUGUUCUACUAUCUGACCAUUAUAACACUUCAUCGGAUGCACGCUCAGGUUCAGAAAUACCCAAAGAACCAGGGCGAUAGUUUGGACUCUGUCGCUCUAUCUCGAUACAGAGCAGACAUUGCAGCGGACAGUAUUGCCCGAAUGAUUCCCCUUCUUGAAGAACGCGACCUCAUAAAAUAUUUACCCCUUAGUGGAGUCACAUCUCUGCUCAAUACAGCCAUGUACACCCUGCAGCGGUCCCCUACUGAAGAUCACUUCUCGCAGAUGCUGUCUUUGAGCAAUGUGGAAUCUUAUGCCAAAGUAUUGAUAUCGCUUACAGAUGUUCACCUUGCUGCAAAUUACUCCCUGUCUCUCCUGAACUUUACCCUGCAGAGAAGCGAGUUCGAUUGGUGCCGUCCAAGCCUGGACUUUAUAAGUGCUUACUUGCAAACCAUCGAGGCUCCUGUUCCUGUACAGAACAGUUACUCACCGUCCAAUUUACCGGAUAACUCUCAGAGCUGA